CUGGAAUAUCUACUGUUUUUCUGUUUAUUCACUCCUCCCCUUCCGUUGAUUCAACUCCUUCCAUCUUCUGUUCGUUGCUCUAUGGCGUGACACUAUUUCUACUUCACAACCAUUUACCCCCCACAGUUCCUAAUGCAGUUCAAGUAUAGCAACUCAAGUCUGGACAGGCAGCUCACUGCUGCCGCUGACGAUGACUUAGAACCUGGCUCCAUUUCAGAGAAAGUUUUGAGUUACUCUAUUGAUCCUCAGAACAAGACUGUCUACGGUAUCUUUCAAAUCUUUGCCCAUAACAAGAGUGAUGUGCACGAGAAGACAACUUAUAUCCUUGUUCCUGCACCAGGUGGUAGGAUGGGGUAUUGGGUAGUCAGUAUUGCCAACCAUUCUAUUGAACAAAUUCUUGUUCUCAGGAAGAUCUGUGCCGACUUGAAGAAUCUCUGUUACUCUAUGUCGGCCGAGGACCGGAAUUCUCUGACCUAUGAGGGUUAGCAGAUUCGAAUAAUGUCUAUCCUCCCUUCAUCCCCAAUUCGACAGAAAGUUCUGUGCGAUAAGAACAAGUGGUGUCAUUCUAUCGAACGACCCCCCGACAAUGUAUUCAAUGAGGGAUUAUCAUGG